AUGGGCAGCCACCAAAGUCCCUUUGUGCCACUUUGGGCAGGCAGACACUGCUACCAGUCUGUCCCUUUCACCUUGCUUAGUGCAAUAGCCCUGCAGAAGCAGAGCUUUACAUGCUUUUAUAACAAUGCUCAGCUGGUGGCCUGGGAGGACAUUGUAUUCCUCUGCUGCCUCCUGUCACACAUGCUGUCCAUCUGCUGUCAUUUGUCCUGUCACUGUCUGGUGGUCAUUUUUUAUGCAGGCCUGAACAGCAUCAUGUGGCAGAAUCUGCCUCACCAGAAGGCACUGAAACUAAGCAAUGACCUCAGCUUUCCUGAAUGCUGCCUCAUCUGUGCAGAGCAAAAGCCUUCCUGCCGCUUUGUGUGCAGGAGUUUUGUCAGCAAAGAUUGUGCUUUUUCAAGCCUGCAACAUUUUAUAUUCAAGUCUCUGAGUCUGAUGGUUUCUCAAAUUCCCAAGGAGUCUUGUAGUCAGACACUGAAGAAAACCACUAUCAUUAUUAUUAGCAAGCUGCUUUGGACAGUUGUUGCCAGUAAAUAUUUCCACUUGUUUUCCCUUCCCAGAACCUUCCCCUGGUUUGACCUGACAGCUGUAUCACUGAGAAAAUCUCUCUUUAGCCAGCUGCUAGAAAAGAGAGAGCUUGUCUGGUACCAUCUGAUGCCUGGUGCUCUACUGUACCAGGCACCCUCUGGAGACUGUCCUACAAAACAAUGUGGGCUGGUCAGCACCAAGACAUCUCUCUCUUCAGCUGUAGUGGAGCCUAGCUUGAUACCGGAUCACAAGUCUCCAUUAUCCACAGCUGCUUCCAACAGUUUCUCAGAAAUUCCAGAGGAAAAUGCUGAGUAUGAUUCUAAAUCUUCAUACACCAUAAUGAAGCCCACGAGGAACGCUUUGCUGAGAGCUCAUCCUAGCCCCUUCAUGGGACUAAGUGCUGCAAGAACCAGCACUGUUAACUCUCAGACUCUUUAAACUAUUCCAGCCAAUAACCCUAUGCACAUAUUUUCUUCUAUGAGUUUCAAUCUCUACACUGCUCAGCAAACUUGCUUCUCCAUGGUUGCCUGAGCCUUUCUAUUUUUAUUUUUUUUCUGAAUUUGCUUAUUGCAUAGUCUUCUUGGCCUAUGAACUGCUUCAGUUUCACUGUGUUUCUAUUGCAGCUUCAAUACAAAACUGAAUUACAAAACCAAAUUACAGUUAUUUUGUAGUGGCUGCAGCUGUGGUGUAACAAACUAAACAGGAUCAGACCCAGUCUCUUUUUUUUGUUUUUGUAUUUUUUUAUUCCCCAUGAGGGACCUUGAGAAAGCCAUUGAAUCCUGACAACAUACUAAUGAUUUAGUCAGGAGCACUCUUUCUGUUGAGCCGGGCUUUCAUCAGCACUUCUACUUCCUUGCUGGUAAUAAUGCACCCCCCCUCACCACCACAGACUAUAUGAUAUGUCCUUCAAGGAAGAAGCAGGUAACUGGAUACUCUGUCCAAAUCCACCCAGGACAAAGCAAUUUUUAUUCCCUAAAUUCUCUAGUUCAGUAUUCUUUUAUACUUUCUGCCACCAUCUAUCAUGUGUUUCAGUACUGUUUACCAUGAUAAAACACUGCCUGCCUGGUUUUGCCUCACAGGAAAUAAUUUCUGUGGUGAGGCCAAGGAUUAGUUAUGCAUGUUGCACCUAGACCCCUUGCUUAAUUAUGAUUGCUGACAGCAGCUGUCACCACACCUGUACACCAGUUAUUGUAUAUGCCAUUUAUCUUACAUCUGGGUUUCAGAGCAAGCCCAGUCUGCAGACACUGAAGCCUGGGAGAAAUCUAUUCACUUGAGCAUCUGGGAAGUUCUUAUCAAUCCCUUGUGCCUAAAAUAUGUCUAUGAUUGUUUUUUGGUCUUUUUUAAUUAACUGUGAAGCAGAAGUGAAAGACAGACAAUGACACAGUCUG